UCCGUGCGCCUGGAGCUUCGCGACGCAGCAAGCGGGGAGGUUUCGAGGUCGCAUGGCUUUAGUUGGGGUGCAGCUGCGGGCUGCCGUCUGCUGCUCAGUCUCCGGCCUUCCGUGGUCGCGGCUGACGGUCAGAAACUAUGCUGCCAAAAGAUCGGUAGGGAGAGGCAAAACGAAAGGCCUUUCCAAAGAAGAACUAAAAGGCCCUGAAAUAUGCAAGGACCCGGUCAUGCUCACCACCCACGCUAUGGGGGUGAACAUCUACAAGGAAGGGACGGACGUAGCGCUGAAGCCAGACUCUGAAUAUCCUGAAUGGCUUUUCAGUAUGUCCCUAGGGCCCCCUAAGAAGUUGGAAGAACUGGACCCUGACACGAUGGAAUAUUGGCGCCGGCUACGGAAAGAGAAUACAAAACUAGGGAAGAAAUAUUGGAAGACAAAGCCGUUUUGAUGCUAAUGCUAAGAGGUGAAAUGGAGGCCAUCCCAGGAAGGGCUUGGGGUAUUGAGAAAUGGGAUUCUUUUUAAAUUAUUCUUAUUCUCAUCUCUAAAUAAUAACCAAUAAAAAGCUCCACUCUCUGUAA